AUGGUUGAAGCAAAGAUUUUGAAGAGAGAUGAACCCAUGGCUGAGAAACCAGUUGCGAAGAGAGCUAACCAGAAGCUGAAAGAAGUCAAGCUGGAGGUCACCAUUGAGGUUGAGCAGUCACCCUAUGACAAGCUCCCAUUUCCACAAAGGGUCCUCACCAAAGCUCAGAAGAAGGUGAUUUCCAAGUUCAGAAAAGACCUAAGUGAUAUUGGAAUUAAGCUUCCAGCGAUUUCGGGUAUGCGUGAGGCUCAUGUCCAAAUGAUGCUCAUCAAGGACAUUGUAGACCACCAAGCAGAAGUAGCAGAGCUUCUCAACAUCUCCACUAUGAAACUUGAUCCACCAGUCACACCAAAGUCUCUCCCUAAACUAGAAUCCCAAGGGAAGUUCACCUUAUCUUGCUCCCUUGGUAAGCUCACCUUUGAUGAUGCUCUUGUUGAUUCUGGUGCAACUGUGAAUGUAAUCUCAAUGGAGAUGAUGAAGAGUCUUGAGAUUGAACACAUGGAGCCAGAUACUUCCACUCUCACGUUUGGGGAUUCUUCUUCUACUACCCCUAUUGGUCUCAUCAAGGACUUCCCUUUGAAGAUUGGAUCUUGCACCAUCCCUAUAGACCUCACUGUCUUGAAGAUGUUUCCUUGUACUCAUGCAAUUGCUGCUGGAAACAAGCAUGAAAAUGAUUAUGUCGAUGAGUUUUUCUCCAAUGAAAGGUUUACACUAGCAUAUUCAGAGAGUGUAUAUCCUGUUGGCGAUAAAGCAUAUUGGGAUAUUCCUCCCCAUGUAGCUUCGUUUCUCUGUCGCCCUCCAUCUACACGCUUUCCUAGUGGCAGGAGGAAAAAAAAAGAGGAUACCAAGUUCGUGCGAGUAUGGAAAAUAUCGGCCCAUAUCCAAACCAUCACCCAAGUCUUACAAAUGUAG